AUGACUGCCCAAAAAGUUCCAAAGUGGUAUCCAGCCGAAGACGUUCCAGUCGCCAAGCAGACCAGAAAGGCUAACCGCCCACAGAAGUUGCGUGCCUCUCUCGUCCCAGGUACCGUUCUAAUCUUGUUGGCCGGCCGCUUCAGAGGUAAGAGAGUCGUCUACUUGAAGCACUUGGAAGACAACACUUUGUUGGUUUCCGGUCCUUUCAAGGUCAACGGUGUCCCAUUGAGAAGAGUCAACUCUCGUUACGUCAUCGCCACCUCCACCAAGCUCGCUUUGGAAGGUGUCGACGUCGAGAAGUACAACGUUGAGUACUUUGCCAGAGAAAAGGUCACCAGAAAGCAAAAGGCCGAAGCUGGUUUCUUUGGUGAGGACCAAGCCAAGAAGGAAGUUUCCGCCAACCGUGUUGAAGACCAGAAGGUUGUCGACAAGGCUCUUUUGGCCCAGAUCAAGAAGACCCCAUUGUUGAAGCAAUACUUGGCCUCUUCUUUCUCCUUGAAGAGCGGUGACAAGCCACACUUGUUGAAAUUCUAA